ACAUCUAGACGUUUUUUUUUGUGAUUGCACUCUUGUGUAGGUCCAACCACUAUCCCUCCCCAUCAAGAAUAAUUUAGAUGUUCAAUCGUGCAUUUUCAUUGGAUAAUUAAUUUCCGAGGGUUGCAAUAAAUACAUGUGCUCAGUGAGGGGAUGUUGUGGGUGAACUAUUGUGCUUGUUGAUUGCUUGAUGUGAGCCAGCGUGAUUCAAUUAUUUUUGAUUGAACGGUGAAUACAAGUGAAUGUGAGAAAGUACGAUUAGUCUCCUUUUUAUUUUAAAAACUUGUGAGUUAGUUCUUCGAAUAAAAUCGCUGGUGGAAGUUGACGUUUGUGAACAGAUGUCUUAGCCGUCGAUGACUCGGGCUGUUGCAAAGUUGUGUUGAAAAAAGCUGUUGAGAAGUUGUGAGCUGCAUGUGUGAAAUGCUAGCACUGGUGUAACGGCCACUAGUGAUGAGGGGUUUCUAAGGUGUUACACGAGGAUUUACUGAAGAAUCUUUCCUUGGGUCUCGUUGUGAGAUAAAUAGUGAAAUCAUGACGGAGUAUAAACUUGUAGUUGUUGGAGCUGGUGGUGUUGGCAAAUCAGCGCUUACUAUUCAACUUAUUCAAAAUCAUUUUGUCGAUGAAUAUGAUCCCACGAUAGAGGAUUCGUAUAGGAAACAGGUUGUGAUUGAUGGGGAGACCUGUCUCUUGGAUAUAUUGGAUACUGCGGGACAGGAGGAGUACAGUGCAAUGAGGGAUCAGUACAUGAGAACUGGAGAGGGAUUUCUGUUAGUUUUUGCUGUUAACUCGGCGAAAAGUUUUGAGGAUAUAGGAACCUAUAGGGAACAAAUCAAAAGAGUGAAAGACGCUGAGGAGGUGCCCAUGGUAUUAGUCGGUAAUAAAUGUGAUCUACAACAAUCAUGGGCUGUAAAUAUGUCACAGGCGAGAGAAGUUGCGCGUCAAUACGGUGUACCAUUUGUUGAGACAUCAGCUAAGACACGAAUGGGUGUGGAUGAUGCUUUUUAUACACUGGUGCGAGAGAUACGAAAGGACAAGGAGCACCGUGGCAAGGAGAAGAGAAAACGUCAAAGAGCUGGUAAUUCAGGCCGCAGGAGACCCAGGUGCUGUCUUCUGUAAGCACCGCCACCAGUUCUACGUCAUUGGAUGCUGAUCACAAAGAACUCAUAAUGAAAUCGUGCAAGCUUUAAGAAGAAAAGACAGAGAGUAGUGGAACAGGUGUUUAGGGAAUUAAAAAAUAUGCACAGUUUUUCCGUAGCUUGCCUCCAAUCCUCCAACAUCUCGAAGGAUUUAAAUGAAACUAAGCACAAUUUUCUCUAUUGAAGCAAAAUGAUUGAUUGGGGUGAGACUAUUAGAAAUUCUUUCGAAUAAUGGGAGUUUCAACUGAUUUUGAAGAAUACAAAGAGUAAGAAUUCGCACAAGAAAAAAAUACCUUCAUUGUUCUUAUGUUAAUUUCCAUAAAUUAGUCCAGAGAAAUCAAUUUGUGAGAUGUUGACUCCUUGGCAUUCCAGAAUAUUGCAAAAAUGUCUGGGUUAAUGAUUACGAGAUGAUUUUUAAAAAUAACAUGCACAAUUUUUUUUAUGGGAGAGAAAUCAUUCGAGCCAUUGAAAUUACUUCUAGACGAUCAAAUAAUAAAAAUCAUCUUGUAAUUAUUGUGCUAAACAUGCGUGCAAACAUUUUGGGAAAGAGGGUGCCCUAAUGUCUCAUAAUUUGAGUACAGCAAACCGAUUUCGAUCUCAUGCUUUUUUUUCUCGUGCUAGUUAUCACCUUUUUGUAUAUAAUAAUUUAGAAAAUGCAUACUAUAUAGCAAGUGAAAUUCCCAGACUCAAUUUACAGUAGUUUCCCCUCAGAUUGACAAUUUCAAUCAGUAUCUGGUACUGUGUAAUACAAAAAAUAAUUAAAUUUGUAUUCCUCGUUGUUUAUUCUAAGGUGAAAGAAUACCCUGAAUCGACAUUAGUCAGGAAAAUUUAAUAGCGUUUAUAAUGAGCCAGUGAAUUUUUUUAAGCCGAUAAAGACAGUUUUAAUCGCGCAAAUUUUUUCCCCCUCGUUAAUCACGGUAUGGUAGCCCAAUCAUUUAUGUUACACUGCAUGAUAUUUUAAGUUCCUUUUUAUGAUGUUUUUCUGCCGCAGAAUGAAGCAAUUCAUGUGCCAGACGACAAUACGGUUGCCACAGAGAGAAAGAGAGAGAAAGGGGAGAGUAGUAAUUUUUAUUAAUGAAUAUUUUUCACCUUAGUUGACUUGAGAAGUCAUUUUUUUGAUUAAUCAUGUUUUUCAUUGGAUUUCGAGGGUCACGAUAAUUAAUUAAAAUAUGACGUAAUAUUUCGCAAUAUGUAGGUAUAGAUAUUGCUACAAUUUUAUUGUAAAUAUAAGAUGCAAAGGGCCUGGACUGUUUUAAAUCAAUUUGAACUUUUUUUUCUCAUUAUCUUGUUGUAUUCACUAGAUUUGUUGUAAUCGAACGUGCUUUUUUCACGUCAAAGCCAAUGUGCGUUAUUUUUUUUUAUAACAAAAGGACAAAAAUCAGGUUCAUGCCUAUAAGAUUGCCACCUAACUUUUGAGUCAAAUUUAUAGUAUGUACAAUUUUUAAUUAUAAUAUCUAACGAUUUUUCGAAUGCUACGAACCUAUAGACUUCAAUAUCAUGCGAAUCGACGAACGAUUUAUCUAAAAGAUUCUAUAGGUAACAGAGAUAGUGUUCACUAGUUUUUCAUAUCGAUGAAUGGAUGAAUAAAAAUUUGAAGUUACGAUAUUUAGAAGGGAAUUCCGUCUGGAAAUCUGAUAAUUUACACGUCGCAUUCGAUAAUAGACCCUUUUAAUCUUCAAUCAUGCCAUUCAGUGGCAUUAUACUGUGAAUUCUGCAACGAUGCAAAUAUAUAGUUAGUCGUAAGAUAAUUCAAUUGAAUCAAUAAAAGAACGUUUAUAUAAA